AGUCCUAAAGUUUCAAAAUUUUGUACUCUCUCUGCCCUCUUCGUCUUCCUCUAUUUUCUAGGGCCUGUCGGCAGUUCAAAAGUUUCGAAAGUUAUACUCUCUCUGCCCUCUUCGUCUUCCUUCUUCUUCCACUCCACUCUCUGACGAAAUGGCAGCAGACGGAGCAGCAGCAGCAGAAGCGUCACCGCCCCGGUCACCGUUAAGCCGCAUAUACGAACAGAGAGAAGAAACCAUGGUCUCUCUAAAACAUGGUCAGAAACAAAAGAGGAGACUCGCAAGGUUUCUGAAGCCAUGUGCCACCGGUUUUACCACCGCAGUGGGUCCCCCAAAAAUUCCAUUGCUCUGCGAGGUCUUUCCUCACGACCUCCAGCAAUGGCCGUCGAAGGUGUUCUUCAAAGGGUGGAAGAUUCCCCAGGGAAAGUGGGAUGAAUGGGUCGAUAGGUUGGCCGGUAAGUACUGCUCCAUCUGGAACCAGUCUGGAAUCUGUGAUGCAAUUUUGAGCUCCAGAUAUGAAAUCAGGGGAAACAACAAGAAUGUGCUUCUCGGGUUGGUGGAGUUUUGGUCGCCGGAGACCAACACUUUUGUUUUCCCAUGGGGGGAGGCCACCAUUACGCUCGAAGAUGUCAUGGUUCUUGGCGGGUUUUCGGCCCUUGGAAGGAAUGUCACUAGACCUAUGGAGAAGAAGAGGAUGGAGAUUUUGAGAACCAAGGCGAAGAAAGCUUGCCAAUCUAGCUGGAUCAAGAAUUUGAUGGAGCUGCCAAAUGGAGGGUAUGAAUAUGAGCAUGUAGCUUUCUUAUCGUUGUGGCUUUCGAGGUUUGUUUUUCCUUCUCUUCCUGAGGAUUGCAUUGGGAGGCAUGUUUUUCCGAUUGCAGCAUGUUUGUCACAGGGGAAGAGAGUUGCUCUUGCACCCGCCAUCCUUUCGGGUCUUUUCAGAGACCUUAGCUUGCUAAAGAACCGAGUUCUUUCUGGUGAGGAGGAGAUUUCGGUUUCUGGCCCCUUUCAGCUUUUGCAGUUGUGGGCUUUGGAGAGGUUUCCGAGUCCCCCGAAAGCUCUGAAACCUGGCGAGCCUAGGGCUGCCCGGUGGCACAAAGUAGCUUCUAAGUCAAUCGGUCUGCCUCUUGUGAGAACCGUUUUUAAGUUGCAAGAGAAUUUUCAGUGGCGUCCGUAUUCUGCUGAUUUGAGCAAUUUGCGCCAUUCCUCUUACUACAGAGAGAACAAGCCCGUAUUUUUUGGUAGUGCUAAGCACGCAGAUGAGAAUUUAAAAUCUUAUGUUAGGUGCUUGUGCCCUUCUGAGUUGAUUGGAGUAGAAGAUAGUAAAGAGAAGUAUUUUCCGCACCGUGUGGCAAUGCAGUUUGGAAUUGAUCAAGACCUUCCUGGUGAAUUUCCAGGAUUGGAUUUUGCCGCCUGCAAUGAUAUUGGUUUCUUUGUUCCGCCAUGGUCUUUUGAGCCGUGUGUAACGGCUAGGUACUUGGAUUGGUGGGAAAAAUCAAAGUCUGCUCGUGCAGAUGCAAUCAGAAAAGAAGUCAUGGUGGCAACACAGAAGAUAAAGAGGUUCAAUGCCUCCGUUACGGAGAGGAAAUUGCAGAUGCAAAAGGAAUGUGCACAAACUUUGACAAAGUCUAAACCAGAAAAGAAUUACUCCUAUGUUAUGCCUGAGGUCUCAAGAAAAUCCAAUACUACUUCAGAAAAGAAGACCUCUGCCAUUCCCCCUAAGCAGGUCAAGAAAGAGUUGCCUGCUGAUCAUACUGACGAUGAUGAUGAUGAUGAUAUUCCGCUUUCAGAACGAAUGAAUAGGAAAUUCCCUAGGAAGGUUGAGAAUGAGUCGGCUUCUGAUCAUAGCGAUGAUAGUAAUGAAGAUUUUCUCAUUUCGGUACGAUCAAGUCGCUCUGCAAAUAGACCAGCUUGUUUGAGUAAUACUUCCCCAAGCAGCGGAUCCACAAAAUGUGUUUCCUCAACCUCACUUAUUCGAGGUGGAAGUGUGAGCAAACGGAAGUUAGUCACAAAAGCGGAAGGAUUUCCGGCUAAGAAAAGAAGUGCUGUUGAUUUUUGUAAAAGUCUUAUGAAGAUUGCUACAAAAGGGAAGAAGGCUGGUGAAGGGACAAAUGUACAAGUUGAUGUACCUUCCAGGAUGGGAGACAAGCAUAAAGUGGCAACUAAAGUAUCAGAAAAGGCUGCUUCGAGAGAAGGGAAGAAAGCAAUGCCUGAAGGGUCUUUCAAGAAACCUAUGGGGGUUAAUGACCAUAAACGCAAUCAACCUGAAAAAGGUUCUCUGAAAGAAGUAAAAAAAACAAAGCCUGAUGACUCCAUGGAGAGUGUUGAAAUACUAACGAGGGUUGCGAAUCUGGAGAAACUUCUGGGGUUAAACUCAAAAGAGAAACAAAAUCCUUAGGCAACUUGUUGGGCUUAUGGAUAUAUGCAAUUAUGGAUGAUUUAAUAUCUGUUCACUUUUUGCAUUUUGUUAACUUAUCAGGCUCACUGUCUUGGUGGAAUAUUUAGAGCUUAUUCCAGGUUAGUAGUGAAAUUUGUUACAAGCUAAUGAACAUAUAUAAGUGUUUUUGCUUCUUGCUAGUUUAAUUUGUUGUCAGUUGGCCAAUCUACUGCUUAAGCUUCUGAUGAUGGUGGCAUUGAUGUAAACCACAGAUGGUUUUUGGCAUGAUAUCAUUUGUUCGUGUCAUGGUGAUAAAGUAGUGUGGGAUGGCAGGUCCAAACUUUUCUCCGCCGAGAACAGCAGCAGCCAUCACAGAUCAUUGUAGGAAAAUUCAAAUUAUGAUCGGGGAAACAGGGUUGUUUGAUAUAAUUUGUUGGGAAAGACUGUUCUAUAAUCUCUUGUUUUAAUGAGUUGUUAAAAUUA